AUCAAGCUUGAUGUGGCCUGACGGCCAAUCCACUCCUCAAACUUCCCACAUCACCCUGCUUGCAUUACCUUUGUGAGACGCAAUUUGUGCUUUAAAUACUGAUGGCUGGAACUUAAUCCCUAAAUCAGAACAAGCAACGACCAACAACGCUUCCAAGAUGCCCAUCGAUCGAGCAUCCUGGAGGAACGUCUGGCUAUAUGAAGCUUCGACUGGGAACUUACUGGGAGGGACUCAUCAAAAUGGCUCCAUGACAGAAGCGAAUCUUCUGUCGAUUCUCGAGGGUGUUCUUCUUGUUGUUGAUGAUCAGUGGAGUGUGAAACAUCGAAAUUCUGCGCUUGCGAUUGGAUCAAUGAAUGCACCCCUUCAGCCGGGCGAGUACGAAAUUUACUGCCAAAGCUCUAUUCGCGUGAACAACGAACCAUGGGUCGCUCGACUCAUUAGUCACAGCAUAUCCGGUCGAGUCGAUGCAUUUCGUGACGGUGUCCGCGCGCGCGAUGGAAAGUGUGUGGUAUCCGGCAUUGUGAACGUUCGGGCCCCGUGGAAUACGUGGUCUGGCUUUGAGGCAGCCCAUGUGUUUCCACUGGACUGUGAAAGUGUCUGGAUCGAGUUCAAUUACGGGCGGUGGAUUACAGACAUGGACGGCACAACUGGAGUCUCAACGAUCAAUUCCAUCCAAAAUGGAUUGUUGCUGCGAGGUGAUCUACACUCAGACUUUGAUAACUAUUUGUUCUCAAUCAACCCGGAUGACGGCUAUAAAGUCACCUAUUUCGGUCCAGAUCCAUUUGGACUGGAUGGUAGGACCCUGGAUCCUGUUUGCCGUAACCCACAAGACCCUCACUGUGUCUCUGAUACACUGUUGCGUUGGCAUUUCCGACAGGCAGUUCUAGCAAACAUGCGAGGUGCGGGCGAACCGAUAUUCGAGCAUGAUUUCCCGCCAGGCACGGAUAUGUUGGCUGAGUUGCGUAGUGAACCUGAGCCCUAUGGAAAGCAGCGUUUUGAGAUGGAGAUGUCUUCAAGACUAAGAAAUGGUGCACCUAAAUCAACCUGACAGAAAAUUCCCGCACGUGGCCACUCAUAUUUCUGGAGUCCAUCAUCUGAUUCUGCCAAGAGGUUUGGAGGUGCAAAGGAAGUGCAAUGCAGACGCGCAGAAAUGCUGAAGUCGCUAGGGAUUUAGUUACAUACAGUCGACCAGUCUCAGUUAUCAGCUAGAUCGCUGCCCUGAGGAUCCGGACGCGUGGCCGCCACAAGGAUUGAAACAUUCUUGAUGGCAAUGUUCUGCUUUCUUUUCCUCCUGUCCUUCAUGAUCCCUUAAAGUAUCCCAGAUACUGUCUUGAACGCUCUUUUGAGACACACCCAUCUCUCUGCCAUGCUAUAUCUGCGUCGUGGCGCAUAUCAGCAGAAUGGUCAUACUUGCAUUGAUCCUCUCGGUAGCAAGUCCUCCACCUUAACCUGGUUAAGUCCAGCGCUCCUGAUCUGGGUUCCAGCAACUCAUUGAGUUUGCUUGAAACUCCAUGCACCUCUAAUCACCCAAUGCAGCUCCUCAGUAUCCGAACUGUCAAAGGGGAGUGGGCCGAUGUAAGCAAGAUCAUGGUGCUCAUGGUCCUGGCUGGACACGAUCAAGCCUCGAGCGACAGGUAUGUUUGUGAGGUGACGGAGAAAUUGCACCUGGUCAGGGAGGAUGAGUUGCAUCACCAAGAGAAGAAUCCUGUCGAAUCCCUUUUCUGAACCCUCUUGCACAGAUAAUUUGUUGAGAUUAUGUAUAUCCCCUCUCAGAAAGCGUACAAUCCGCAAUUCUGAUAAUGUCAUGUUGCCCCUAGCUUGUCCGAGACAAAACCUACUGGCAUCAAUGGCGAUGGCUUGACCCUUUGCCCUACUCGGGAGGCUGCUUGUGCAGUGACCCAUCCAGCACCGCAGCCAAAACCUAGGACCCUCCGGCCAGAGCACAAAUCUGCAAAUGAGACAAAUGGACCGAUAUCAACAGCAUGGUGCUGAAAGGCCUUGUGAUAGAAUGGCACUAUAAUGUCAUAUUCCUCAGCGGCGGCACUGCCUGUGGGAGCCGCCUCAACAUAGCACUCGGUUCCUGGGCUGGGUCGGAGCCAUCGUGAUUGCUGCUGCAUAUAGAAAAUAUCAGUCUCUUACGUCCCAUACCACCAAUUAAUCACUUGUCGAUUCCAAA